UCUCUCUCUCUCUCUCUCUCUCUCUCUCUCCCAUCCGAACUCCGAGGGAUUCAAAUUAUAGCUCAAAUCGAUGGUUUUGUAGGGUUGAGUUUAGGGUUUACAAGGAUAAUCUUCACUGGAGAAAGAAUUGUGAGGUCUGCAGAGGGGCAAAGUGUGUGUUUACAGAUAAAAAGGGGAAACAAUGCGGCUGUUUCCGAUGAAUUCGUCGAAAGAGCUUAGAAAUGGAGGAAGUGAUCAUGCUUUAUUGUAUCUUAAUGUAUAUGAUCUUACCCCUGUUAAUAACUACCUCUAUUGGUUGGGCUUCGGAAUUUUCCAUACUGGUAUAGAAGUUUUCAGCAUGAAGCCUGUGUAUCGGUGUUUUGCGUUGACCCAAAACUCGCUGCAUGUAAGCUGCUUAGCCUCACGAAUAUAUGACAUGGAAUAUGCAUUUGGAGCCCAUGAGUACUCGACCAGUGGGGUGUUUGAGGUGGAACCGAAAAGUUGCCCGGGUUUUAUCUUCCGGCGGUCCAUUCCAUUGGGCAGCACUGACAUGUCUCCUACGGAAUUUCGAACAUUCAUGGAGCAUCUUUCUAAUAAAUAUCAUGGUGAUACUUAUCAUUUGAUUGCCAAAAACUGCAAUCAUUUUACUAACGAAGUAUGCAUGCGGUUGACCGGAAAACCAAUCCCUGGAUGGGUCAACCGUUUGGCUAAAGUCGGUUCUUACUGCAACUGUUUGCUACCAGAAAAUAUUGAAGUUGCAGCUGUUAGACAUCUACCUGAUCAUGCAACAUAUUCCGAUGGGGGGUCGAGUUCUGGCAGUUCAUCUUUAACAAUGGGGAGUGAAGAGGAGGAAGUAGAUCAUCAUCUAUUGACUGAACCGAACAGCGAUGUAGCGUUCUUGCAGGACCGGCCAAUGAGACUAGCGAAAGAUGCCCUUUAACUCUAAUUUUUGUUCUUCGUGUGUUCGCCUUUCGACAUUGGGUGGUAAUUCUUAUAGUUUAGUAUUGUAUAGAUUUUUCAAGAAAAUAGGUUUCUUGAUUCUUGAGUGCCUCUUUGUUUGCUACAAAUACAAUAUCUAUGUGUAUGAUCAAUCUGUAACACAUUUUGUGUCAUAUGAUUAAGAAAAGUUGCAAGGUUUGAGUGACAUCUUAUUCAAGAAAAGUGUUUGC